UAUUUUUCUGUUACAAAAUCGACAUAAACUGCGAUAAUUUUUUCCUGUUUCUUGUUGUUUUUUAUGGGAUUUGGGCGUUUUUUGUUGUGAGAGCUUAAUUUGGGAGGUUUUCUUUUGGGGUUUUCCUCAAGUUUUCAGCUGAAAAAAAGGAGCUUGACAAUGGAAGAAGAAAAGGGGUUGAAGAAAGAGAAGAAAAAUAUCCCUGUAUUGCCAUGGAUGAGAAACCCAAUUGAUAUUACUACCUUUGAUCAAUGCUCUCUUGAGCUUUUGCCUUAUAUUAACCCCAGGUUAGUGGCGGUAUUGAAGAAUAUGAGCAUCACUUCACUCUUUCCCGUGCAACUUGCCGUCUGGCAAGAGACGAUUGGACCUGGCUCUUUUGAACGAGAUCUUUGUAUAAAUUCACCUACAGGGAGCGGGAAAACUCUUGCUUAUGCCUUACCAAUUGUUCAGAUGCUGUCUACACGUUCCGUUAAAUGUCUUCGCGCACUAGUGGUCUUGCCUACUAGAGACCUUGCAUUGCAGGUCAAAGAGGUCUUCUCUGCUCUUGCACCUGCAGUAGGUCUGUCUGUCGGCUUGGCAGUAGGUCAGUCAUCAAUUUCGGAUGAAAUCUCUGAGCUCAUCAAGAAACCCAAUGUUGAGUAUGGCAUAUGUUAUGAUCCUGAAGAAUUCUCAUAUGAGUUACAAAGCGCAGUAGACAUAUUAGUGGCAACUCCUGGAAGACUGAUGGACCACAUCAAUAACACUGAUGGUUUUACCCUUGAGCAUCUAUCUUAUCUUGUUGUCGAUGAAACAGAUAGGUUAUUAAGGGAAGCUUAUCAAUCCUGGCUUCCUACAGUCAUUCAGUUGACCAGCUCUUCUGUUGAUGGGAACUUCCCUUCUGCUGCUGAUCUUCUUCCUUGCACUUAUGGUUCAUUGAAGACAAUCAGAAGAGUGGGCACUGAAAGAGGGUUCAAGGGAAAAGCCUAUCCAAGGCUGGCAAAGAUGGUUUUAUCAGCCACACUAACACAAGACCCAAGUAAACUUGCUCAGCUUGAUUUGCAUCAUCCUCUCCUUAUGACGACUGGAGAAAGACGUUACAAGCUUCCUGAAGAACUCAAAUCAUUUAAAGUGCUAUGUCAAUCGAAGCUUAAGCCACUUUAUCUAGUUUCCCUUCUUCAAAGUUUGCAAGGGGAGAAAUCAAUUGUUUUCACAUCAUCGGUGGAGUCCACUCAUAGAUUAUGCACCUUGCUCAAGUUUUUUGACAAUUUGCAAAUUGAGUUCAAGGAGUAUUCUCGUCUUCAACGACAAUCUGUAAGAAGCAAGACGUUGAGGGCUUUCCGGUCAGGGCAAGUGCAAGUGCUUAUUUCCUCUGAUGCUAUGACUCGUGGAAUGGAUGUUGAAGGAGUGAGAAAUGUCAUAAAUUAUGACAUGCCUGCUUAUAUAAAAACAUUUAUUCAUCGGGCAGGUCGAACUGCAAGAGCAGGCCUAAGUGGAUGUUGCUUUACGUUAAUGCAUAAAGAUGAGGUCAAACGCUUCAAGAAGAUGCUACAAAAAGCUGACUGUAGCUCUUGCCCCACCUAUUCUGCUUCUUCUGAAGUGAUAGAGUCACUCCGCUCUGUGUACACCUCAGAUCUGGAUGUAUCGUGCAGUCGGUGGAGGUUCAUCAAGAAGACUAAUCCUAUUUGCGGGAUUGUGAAAACUGGACUUGCCAUGAAGGUUCAUUGCCCAAAUUUGAGUAUCUUACGCUAUAAUGUGAGAAAAAUUCUAGUGUAUAAGCACCCAGGGAACGUCUCCAGAGACGCAUUUUAUUUGGUUGGUAUGAAAAUAUUGAAUGGCUGGGAUCCUUCAUUGCUGGUGAAAAUUGAAAAAACUGGAGAUUCUCAUCUUGAACUCUGAUUAUAAUGGCAGUUUAACUUUAAAAAUGACAUACACCAGUUUUUGUUAUUUACUGGAGAUCUUUCCUACUUCAAUUUUAUUUAUUUAUGUUGUAUAUGGGUAACAGCCUCCCUACUUUCAUUAGGUAGGAGUAAGUUCUACGUACACUCUAUCUUCUCAAGACCCCAUUUAUGGGAUUUCAUUGGAUAUGUUGUAACAUUCAGAUAUAGAGUCCACUUAUUGGAUUUCACUGAAUAUGUUGUAAUGUUUGGAUAUGCAUUUUAUCUAUUAUUAUUAGAA